AAUGGAGCAAAUAUUUUUAUUCACUACAAAACUUGUUUCACUAAAUUUUGUGUAAUAUUUCGAUGCAAUAAUUUUCGACAAGAUUUUAUGACUUGAUAAAAGUUCCUCACUUAGCAGCUCAGAUUACCUCUGGAGCUGAAAUGUUUUCUAACAAACUUUCAACGCAAAAUAAAGAUACCUGCUGAGUUUUCCGAUCCACCAUGUAUGUACAUUGCACAUGCCACAGGACGUCAGAUACAAUGAUGUAUACUAUAAUAAUGUAUUAAAUGCCUACUUAGUACUCAACUCAUUAUCCAUGAUUCAAGAUGUUAGAGGUUAUGAUAAGACAAAAAUGAUACAUAUUGACGUAUAAUUUACAAAUCCAUUGAUCCUAUUCAUUUGAUUCUUAAUACUUGAUUUGUAUUGAGUAGGUACUUGUGCGGUAGCUUUUUGAAAGUAUUAUCGACUUCGUCAUAAGAAAAGACUAAGCUCAGAAAAACGUAGGUAAUUAUUCAUUUUACAAUUGAAUUGUGAGAAUAUUGCUGUAAGCAGUGGUUAAUUUCAGCGUUGAAAAAAAAUGAAGUGAAGUAUUAAAAUAAGUAAUAACAACGUGCGUGCUGGUUUAAAGAACUGCAUACGAUAAAAUUGUCCAGCAAACUAGAAAAAAAAAAAAAAUACCAUGGUUACGAACAAGACAACAACUAAUCAUCAAAUUGAAGAAUUCCUACUUUUGAAUGAAUCACAAACUCCAUCACGAGAACCUCAAGAACGUAAUGAAGAACAAACAGAAGAAGAAAAGGCUGCCGUAGAAUACGAAGAUAUGAUAAAUCAACAUUUUCUAAAGAGAAAGGACAUCAAAUGGAAAAACAUUUAUAUUUUUGUGAUUUUACAUCUUGUAGCCCUGUAUGGUUUCAUCGCAUUCCCAUAUAAAUAAAAGAAGUUAACGUGUAUUUGGAGCUGUUUCCUAAUAAUGGUAGCCAAUUUCGGAAUCACUGCUGGUGUACAUAGAUUAUGGUCUCAUAGAGCUUACAAAGCGAAACUUCCUCUACGAAUAAUCCUUUCAGUAUGCUACUUGGUGUCUGGACAGUACUCGAUAUUAUAUUGGGUGAGAGAUCAUCGGAUUCACCAUAAAUUCUCAGAAACAAAUGCAGAUCCUGUAAACUCCAGUCGAGGAUUUUGGUUCUCACAUAUCGGAUGGCUGACUAUGAAAAGACACCCAGCCGUCCUACAAAAAGGCAAAUCAAUAGACAUGAGUGAUGUAAUUUCAGAUCCUGUUGUUGAAUUCAGUGAGAAACAUUUUGAAGUAUUGAGAAUAGUAUUCGGGUUCCUUAUACCGCUCGUAAUUCCUGUAUACUUUUGGAACGAGUCUUGGUACUGGGCGAUUAUAUCGCAAGUUUUCAUGCGGUAUGUGUUUUCUUUGAACAUUACAUGGGGUGUUAACAGUUUCGCUCAUAUGUAUGGAAAUCGUCCCUACGACAAGGCAAUUGCUCCUGCGGAAAACUUCAUCAUGUCUUUUCUAAGUGGCGGUGAAGGCUGGCACAACUAUCAUCAUACUUUUCCAGCAGAUUACAGAACUGCGGAAUACGGUAAUUACAUAGUUGACAUUGGUUUGACAACAUUAUUAAUCGAUGUUUUUGCUAAAAUUGGUUGGGCUUAUGAUUUAAAACAAUCGCCGAAAGAACAUAUUCGCGCUGUUACACAAAAACGCGGCGAUGGGACUCAUGCGAUUUACAAAAUAUCUAGUAACAGCUAGGCAUAAAAAUAAAAUAAGAUAAUCCAGGAAUGAAGCUUUCAUACUACGUGUUCGAUUACUAAUGUACAAAUACUACGUACCUAAUUUAAUAUGUACUAUCAUAGUUGUACCUACACGCAUAAGGUCAAAAAUAAAAAAAUUUAUGGAUUGA